CCUAGCAGCUGCUGGUCCAGCAGCGGCCGCGCAGACUUCAGUUGGCGCGUCGGUUGCUGCGAGGCGGCAGGGGAAGGUCAUGUUCUCGUGGCCGCGAGUCACCUUCAGCGCGGAAACGGAUACGGCUACCGGCGGAGUAACUGAAAGCAGGAUGGGUGAGGACGCAUGUCCUCACAAAUUACAGACGUCCAGCCGCCUCCGACUCAUUUACGUCCUAUUUCCUGUCGCCGGCCUGGUGGUCGGCGUGAUGCUUGUGCUCGCUCUCACUGGUAUGAUUGGCGGCCAUGUCUCAGACUCCAGCCCCCUUCCUUCUCCAGAGCUGAUAGCUGACAGGGAGCACGGUUACUGUGGGAACAGGACAAUCCCCUCCCUCUCGGUGGAUGCAUCUCAGGCCCCGCCCACUCCACCAAUCACGACGGCCACCGAUUUUCUGACGUCUGUCCCCUCGCUGAGUCCUACCUGGCUGACUGGCGCCACCUCUGCAUCAGACACAGGUGGUUGCCAGCCACUGGUGGAGCCUCAGUGUCACAUGUUGCCAUACAACCAAACAUGGCUGUCCUCCACCGCUGCUGUGGUGAAGAGCUCUGAGGUGGACAUGUUGCUAAGGUUCUUCAGCUACUUGAGCAGACUGUCCUGCUACAAGCACAUCAUGCUGUUCGGCUGCUCUCUGGCCCUGCCGCAGUGUUUCCACGACGACGCCACUCAGCACAGGUGGGUGGUGUUGCCGUGUGCGUCCUUCUGCGAGGCGGCCAGGGAAGGUUGCGAGCCCGUCCUGCAGAUGUUCAACGCCUCUUGGCCCGACUUCCUGCGUUGCUCGCAGUUCAGCCAGGCCACCUCAUCGUCCGGAGUGCCCCCGGCCUGCUACACACCCCGACAAGCUGUGGGCAAACCAUCUGCAUGCGGCGGGAAGGAAAACUUUCUGUGUGCCACGGGGAUUUGUGUCCCUCAGAAGCUGGUGUGCAAUGGCCAAAACGACUGCGACGACUGGAGCGACGAGGCACACUGCGUGUGUUCAGAUGCGCAGUUCCGCUGCCAGACGGGCCGCUGUCUGCCGCCGCUUCUGCUGUGCGACGGCUACGACGACUGCGGAGACCUCAGCGAUGAGCUCAACUGUGUGUGCGACGCGACGCGGGAGCAUCGCUGUGGUGACGGCCGCUGCGUGUCAAGGGAUUGGCUUUGUGACGGCGACCACGAUUGUGUCGACAAGAGUGAUGAGCUCAACUGCUCAUGUCGGAGCCAGGGUCUUUGGGAAUGCCGUAACGCCCAGUGUAUUCCUCCGGCGUUCCGCUGUGAUGGCGAGGACGACUGCAAGGACGGCAGCGACGAAGAACUUUGCAUGCGCGAGCAGCCUCACACUGCGUGCCCCCCGACUCAACCGGGCUGCACGUCCACGUCCUGUGACUCGCGACACCACAACUGCACCGGCUGUGAGCCAAUCAGCUUGGAGCUGUGCAUGAACCUGCCUUACAACCACACGCGCUUCCCCAACUUCCUGGGUCACGUGUCGCAGCGGGAGAGCUCGGUGUCGUGGGAGUCGUCGCUCUUCCCGGCGCUGGUCCAGACGGGCUGCUACCAGUACCUCAUGUUCUACGCCUGCACGCUGCUCGUACCCAAGUGUGACCCACUCAGCCUGAGCACCGUGCCACCCUGCAGGUCUCUGUGUCGCACGGCCAAGGAGAAGUGCGAGUCGGUGCUCGGAAUCGUGGGCUUGCAGUGGCCCGACGACUCGGACUGCGCUCAGUUUCCCGAAGAGGGCGGCAACUUGACGUGCCUUCUGCCCGAGGCUGGCGUGGACGAGUGCUCCCCCAGCCACUUCAAGUGUCGCUCCGGACGCUGCGUCCUGGCCAGCAAGCGUUGCGACGGCCUUGCCGACUGCGACGACCGCAGCGAUGAAGACCACUGCGGCUGCACCGAACGAGCUCUGUGGGAAUGUCCAGGCAGCGGCGUCUGCAUCAAGACCAGUAUGAUCUGCGAUGGCUUCCCAGACUGCCCCCUGCUGGCUGACGAGGUCAACUGCUCGGCGUGUGGAGAUAAUGAGUUGGCAUGCAACAACCACGAGUGCGUGCACAGGACGUUGUGGUGUGAUGGAAAGAAACACUGCAGCGAUGCCUCCGACGAGUGGGACUGUGUGUCUCUGAGCCAGUCGUCAGGUUCCAUUCUGACAGUGUUGAGGACGGCGGACCGUUAUCACGUGUGUGCCGAUGAGUGGAACCACCAGCUCAGCAAACUGACCUGUGACCAGCUGGGACUAGGGGUUCCCGCCUCCGUUUCCAUGGUACCCGAGCAGGGAAGUCCUCCGGGCCGCCGUCGCUGGUUACAUGUUCAUCCCGAGUGGGAGGAGCGCAAAGGCUUGGCUCUACAGGCACGACUCGAGAAGAGGAGUCACUCGUGUCAUUCCGGCAAGCGAGUGACUCUCGACUGCGUCAGAGACGAAUGCGGCCUGCGCCCGGCGGUUGGCGCGCAUCUCUCAAGGCGGAAGAGGAUUUUGGGAGGCCGCGUGGCGCGACAGGGGGCGUGGCCGUGGCAGUGCUCUCUGCAGAGCGGUCAGAGCGGUCACGUGUGCGGCUGCGUCCUCAUCGGCACCAAGUGGGCCUUGACGGUGGCUCAUUGCUUCGAGGGGAGAGAUAAGGCCCACCUGUGGAACGUUCUCCUGGGUCUCAACAACUUGGACCAUCCCGGCGUGCACAGCCAGAGGCGUGCCGUGCGGGCCAUCACUGUACACCCACGCUACAACCGUGCCGUGGUGGACUACGACAUCAGUGUGGUGGAAUUGGACUCUGAGGUGGAGGAGACGGAAUGGGUGAGGCCCGUGUGUCUGCCUGGGCCCAAUCAGAUUCCCACUCCGGACUCCUACUGCUACAUCACUGGAUGGGGUCACAUGGGCAACAGGAUGCCAUUCAAGCUGCAGGAGGGCCAGGUACGGAUCAUCUCCAUGUCCCAGUGCCAGUCCUACUUCGACAUGAAGACCAUCACUGCCAGGAUGCUUUGUGCCGGUUACGAGGCCGGGACCGUCGACUCCUGCAUGGGCGACAGUGGUGGUCCGCUGGUGUGCGAAGAGUCAUCCGGGGGCCGUUGGACGCUGUUUGGCCUGACGUCAUGGGGCAGCGUGUGCUUCAGCAAAGUGCUGGGACCCGGUGUGUACAGCAACGUCAGCCACUUCACGCCAUGGAUACGCCAGCAGAUCUUCAUGCGCACGUACCUGCCUGACUGACGUGCAGGCUUCCUGUUCCUGAGGGGGGGUGUGACGCGGCGCCGCACGCACUCAUUUGACACCGUUAGCCUUCAGAUGUUAGCUGCUGUAAUAUUAACAUGACAGAGUCUCACUAACGCGUUAGCCACUUACAGGAUAUCCAGGUUAAGGUCAUUGUAUUAGCUAGGGCACAUUAGCAGAAUCACUGUCUCAUAACCAGCGAUGAAUUUUUUUCACUACUAGUGCCUCGUUUGGCCUACUAGCACAAUUUAUUCUAUAUCUUUUAUAUCCAUCUUAAGGUGUACUAGUAGUUGGAUUUUCAUUUGGAUAUCAAGGAUAUGGAAUAAAUGCUCAAAAAGCUUUUCUGUUGAGUAGAGGUUAACAGCGUGUGAUGUUUGUGAUUAUUCCUGUGUUCCGUCGGUGUUGUUGCUAGCGCAACUAGUCUAGCGUCGGCUAAAAGAGGAAGCUAACACGCUUAUGGCGACAGGCAGAAAUUCUGUGACUUGUUGAUGUUUGUUCAUUCCUUCACGUUCACAUUCCUGGUCGCUAAUGGUUAGCUGUUGUCUGGAAGAGUUGCUUUUAUUAAGAGUAUUUUUCUACACUUUUUUGUACAUCACGUGUGUGUAUAUCGUAGGGGGGCGGGGGAGAAUCCUCCUAUGAUGUCACUUCCUGCUUUUGUAUUGUGAGGAACCAUGUAAGGGAAGUGAAAUGUUUUUUUGUGUUCAAUAAUAAAGCUACACACACCUGCUCAAA